AUGAUUGAAUGUGAAGAUUUCGAUCUCAGCACCGGGUUCUACCUAGUAUUUAUGCACUCCUUAUCUGUUGUAGCCGUUCCUCUGAAUUUACUCAGCUUUUACUGCAUUCUUACUAAAUCGCCUCAACAAAUGGCUGCCUAUAAAUGGUAUUUGCUAAUCUACCAGAUAAUAUCUACCGUAUUUGAUUCCGUGUACUUAGUAUUCACACUGCCAAUAAUAUUCUUCCCUAUACCGAUGGGUUACCCCGCUUCCUGGACCAUACCAUGGAUACCUAUUACUACCCAUAUGUCUGUCCUCUUGGUUAUUUAUAUAGGCUCACUUUUUGGAGCCACCAUUGUGAGCCUAUUCAUGUAUCGUUGUCACGUCAUCACUCCGGCUCGCCAUUUUUCAAAAAUCAGUGGCGUAGUGGCAAGUGGCGCACUAUCCAGACAUGGUUACGGGUUUGAAUCUCAGGUCGAUAUCCGCCUAGGCCAACCAAGCCUUUUGCCCCUUCAGGAUCGGUUAAUUGGUACCAAACUCGUCUAUGAGCCUAAAAACACUGACUUGUACACCUGCUGGCCACCGCAAGCCAUGUAUGAAUGGAAGUCAAAUGCAGGGCGCACAUUCCAGAUGGAAUUGACUGCGUGCUGCAAUUUUCCUUAUAUAUUUUACUCCUAUUCUAGCGAGGAUGUGGGCAGAAAAGGUGGUUUUUAA